AUGGUUUACGAUUGGGAUGGAAAGCGGGAAAUCUGCUAUCAAAUGUACAUCAAAGAUAAAAAAGCUUUGGAGGAAAUUAUGGAGUUCAUGAAGAAUGCCUAUCAAUUUGCGCCUAGUAAGCGGGCUUUUCAGACGCAGUUCAAGCGAUGGGGGUUUCCAUCAAAACAAAACCCAGCACACAAAAAUAUCGACCUUGUCGCUCGUGUCAAGCAACUGUGGGAGCGAAACACGAGCCAGCGAGAUAUGCUUCGGAUCUUGAAUGAGGAGGGGUUUGAAAUUAAAGAAAGGGAGUUGAUGCGCGUGCGUGCAAAAAACCGCUGGCUACUUCGCGUUCCCAAUGGGAUGAAAUCCCAAACAAACACACAGACUCUAAUACAGCAACCUGAAGACGAGGGCCUACUUGCUCUACAGCAGGAAGUAUACAAGAACGAUGUGCCGUUUGAUGAUGCCGAUCCUUUUCCUUCGGAAUCAACAGCGCAACAACCCCAAUCACCUACACUGUCACCCGAAGUGAUCGCGAAGCGCAAAGAGCGACUUGAGCGCCUGAAGGCAGAGAGCGCAGAACGUUGGGCCGCCAGAAAACGCCGUCGCCGCACGCGGGGGUGGGCUGGAUUACCAGCUGAUCCACCUGGGCCUCCUCGGUUUCCAUCCGAGACAACUAUCGAUGAAAGUAAAAAGUAUCUCAGCUUAGACAAUGCUAUGUACCGUCAACUUAGAGAUCAAUUCCAGAAGAUCUGCGAGGAAGCGGGCUUCAUCAAGAAAACUGUCGCAGGGCCAGAGAAAUGGCAGGAGGCAAAAGAUAAACUAAUACACGAAUCGCCCCAUCUUCAGCAGAUAUUCUAUUCUGAUCCAAAUCAAGUUGAUGCGAAAGGUCUUGCCCUCGAUGUUGUGUGUACGGAUGUCACUAAACGCAUGAGAACCCUUGAGAGGCGAAUGACCAUCGCUGAGGCAAAAAACGCUCUCGGAGUCAACCCAGAAGAGAGCCGUCAAAUACGGAAUGCAUUUUACGACACAUUGAAGGCUGAUCAUUUUACAAGCAAGCUAGAGGCCGGUGAUGAACACUGGAAGGAGCUCAAGGAAAGGUGGAUCCAAAAUUCCGAGCUGCUUCAACAAAUUCUAGCUCCUGGUCCUACAGAUCCAAGACACACCAUGAAGCUAAAGGCUCUUGAGGUUCUUUGUCGCGAUGUUAUGAAGCGACUUAGGGACGAUCAGACAAAGAGGGAUCCGUCGCGUAAACAAUCCGCUCCCCAUGCUGACACUCAGAGCCCUGUGCCUCACAACAACCACGUCAGUAACACAUUUGGUAAUGAUAUCAGUAAUGGAAUCAGCACACUCGCUUCACAAGCUCUCGCCAGUGCACCGAUGGCUUCAAGUGACCUGGGUGAUAUGCAGAUAGACCCAUCUCUUUUGCAAGCAGCCAAUGAUCCAUCUUUUACGGCGGCUACUCAGCAUGAUGCAAAUUCUUUUGGCUACGUGGAUCCCAUGUUGGGAUCGACUGUUCUGCAUACACCAGUAUAUCUUCGCAUCAGCCCGCAGAGUCAUCUACAUGGAGCCUCGAAAACAUGGGUGGAGAAGCUAGCCACAAGAUCCGUUGCUGAACUACGUCAGAUUGUCACUGGAAGAUACCCUGACUCGCUCGUCACAAGGAUUGAAGGCAUGGAUAAAGACGAAAAUGGGAAUGAGACACCCUUUUUGAUUGACGAAGACCAUGAGCUCGAUGCCUACUUAACCCAUGUGCAUGGGCGAAAAGCGUCAUUUCUCUUUUGCUUGAGCCCAACUUGA